UGUGGGUUAUGCUGCUCCUCCUUCCUCAGGGAUACACCUUGAUUCGAGUCACCACAGCUGGACUUGGUGAAGCUGUGACUUUGACAUGUUCUCUGCCUGAUGAACAGAAGGGCAGUAGUGACCUUCAUUGGUACAAGCAGAGCACUGGGAAUACUCUGACUUUAAUGGUGAAGCAGUUGACAGAUGGAAAACCUAAUUAUGAAGCAGGAUUCAGUGCCUCCAGACUGAAAUCAACAUAUGAAGAGAACGUUUACAGUCUGACCAUUUUACAGACCGUUCAAGAAGAUGAAGGAAUGUAUCACUGCUCUAUCGUUGACUGGAAUAAGAAUUACUGGAACGGGACCUAUCUGUCAAUAAAAGGACCUUCUGAGAAGGGAUCACACACCACUGUCAUCCAGCAUACAGUCUCUGAUCUGAACCGCCCAGGAGACCCAGUGACUCUCCAGUGUUCAGUCUUCUCUGAUUCAGACAAGAAGACGUGUUCAGAAGAUCUCAGAGUGUUCUGGUUCAGAGCCAAGUCAGAUACAUCUUACCCAGACAUGAUCUACAGUAAGGGAACUCACCCCAAUCAAUGUGAGAAGAAAUCUCAGAACAGAUGUGUGUCAUCUAUGAACUUCUCCACCUCUGAUCCUGCUACUUAUUACUGCGCCGUGGCCACAUGUGGACAGAUCAUAUUUGGGAAUGGAACCAAAGUGGAUCUCCAAGGAUCUCAGAUUGAAGCAACAACCAUUGCUCUGUGUGCUGUCUUGGCUGUAAGUUUGAUCGUAAUAGCCGUCCUUAUCUGGUCCUUCAGCAAAAAUAAAUGUGUUCACUGUAAAGCUGUUGCUGAGCUGAAACACAGGGAUAAUCAGAAGAGUCAAAAGGUGAAGUAUACAUUCAGCAAAUCUAAACGUAAUCUUCCAACAUUUAAUGUUAAUAUCAUGUUGUUAUCCAAGAGAGCUGGAUGGAUUUACUCUGCUGCCAUCUUCUCUUUAAUAAGAGAUGACAGCACAAGAAUAAAAACUCAGCAGGUCUCAAACCUGCAACCCUCUGACUAUGUGGUGGGUGAAGAUGCUGUCAUGGCAUGUUGGGUAUCUCACACUGCCUACUGGUCCUAUGUUGCCAGGGUGAAUUGUCUGGCCUGCAACAGGGGCACUUUGUGGCCAUUUCCUGGUCUUUGCUGUUCAUCCUCUAGGACUCCCAGCUACCUUGACUUAUGUGACUCCCUUGCCCUGAUGCAAGAGUUGCCUGGAUUGUGGAGAGACAGGCAUCUCCUCCUGCAUCUGUCCCAACCCAACUUGAUAUGUUGUUAUGACAACAGAGACACAUUGCUUCCAAUGCUCAGGACCACCACACUCCUUCUUCUGUUACUAAAAAUCAUCAAGAGGUUUAACGUAGACGGAACAAAGAUGAUCCUCCUCUGGGUGACACUGCUGCUCCUCCAUCAAGGAUAUGCGUUAGUUCCAGUGGUCACAGUUCAGCUUGGUGAACCUGCAACAUUUACAUGUGAUUUACCUGAAAAUAGACACAGAAGAAGCAAACUCUACUGGUACAAGCAGAAUGCUGGAGAUACUCUGAACUUAAUUGUGUUUGUUAAGAACUUUGCAGAACCCGUAUAUGGACCAGACUUCAAUUCAUCAAAACCAUCUUUGAUAUUUAAUGAUACAAUCAGCACCCUAACCAUCCUAAAAACAACUGAAAAGGAUGAAGGAAUGUAUCACUGUGUUUUCAUUGGCUGGAAAUCAGAUACUUGGUAUGGCACUUAUUUAUCAAUAAAAGGAAACAAUAAAAAGACAUCAAACUUGACUGUUGUUCAGCAACCAACACGAUCCGAUCAACUUCAUCAUGGAGGCUCAGUGAGUCUUCAGUGUUCACUUCUUACUGAUGCCCCAAACAAGACGUGUUCAGAAGAUCUCAGAGUAUUCUGGUUCAGAUCCAGAUCAAACAAGUCCUAUCCUGAUGUGAUCUACAUGAAUGGAAAAAGACAUGAUGGAUGUGAGAAGAAACCUGACUCUGUGAAUAGAUGUGUGUUCUCCAGAAACACCUCCUCCUCUGAUCCUGGGACUUAUUACUGCGCCGUGGCCACAUGUGGACUGAUCAUAUUUGGGAAUGGAACUAAGGUGGACCUCCAAGAUCAAACAGCAGGUCCUAAAUACAUUGCUCUGGUGAUAGCAUGUAUCUGCUUGGUCCUUUCUGUGAUUGUUAAUAUCAUUUUCUUUUGUUACCGAACACCAAGAGCAGGAUUAGAAAGAGAAUCUUCACAAGUAAAACACCCAGAAGAUUUUACCACUGAAGAUAGACCAGAGCUGAACUAUGCUGCAUUAAAUUUCUCUAAAGGAGACACCACACGAGGAAAUAAGAGAGGGUUGAGGACUCAAGAGUGUGUCUACUCCCAAGCUAAACUCUGAAUACAUCAGUUUUAUCAUAACAACCACUGACAUGAGACUGAAUGCUUUAGUUUAGCUUUAAUCCUAACAAGCAUUUAUAAGAAAAAUGUCUACAAUAAACAUGUGCAAUGGUCAGAUCAUGACAUUACAACUUUUAUGUGCAUUUUUGUAACCACGCUUUUAGAAAACUGUGACCAACAGGUUGAGAGAUAAUUACUGAUUAUAAUAGGAAAAUUACAUUAAAAAGAUUAUAAAAUGAAAUGUUCGUGUGGCUUGCCUAGACAUGACAGCUGCCACCUAAGACGUUUACACAUUCUCCAUUUUCUUUUUAAUGUUUAAUGUGUCUUUUUUUUAAUCAGCCUCUAUAAACAUGUUUUUUGUGUUAAACAUGGUAAAAUGAAUAUGUGUGUCUGAGUACCAUUGUGUUUAAAUAAAAUAUAUAUUUCUCAAUUUUAUAAUUGUAAUUACCAACACACACUUUAUUUUAAAUAAUUAUAUUUUUGGAAGCUAUACUGACCAGUUAUUAACAACGAAACACUCAGCACAACAAAGUAAUCUAAGACAACAAAUAAUUAAUUUGAACUAUAAUUCCAAAAAGACAAUUGUGGUAAAAUAAAAUCCAGCAGGAGGAAUACAACACAUUACAUCAUAAG